AUGGCGUUGCUCAAUAAGAUAAGAAGAGAUACGAAAAAAUCAUCUUAUUACGUUUGGUUUUUGGGCGCACAAGAAGCCAAAGGACUCCGAGGUUCCGAGUACAUCACCCCCGUUUUGAAAAGUUUAAUCGAAAGGGAACAAACCGUCGAACCUUUUAAAAUAACCCUUCAAGUCAGUCACAAGGGACUCAAAAUAAUACAAAAUUUAAGCACGAUAAACGCGAAACAAUUUCUAACGAAUAAAAUCGAUGGAAAACAAACGGAACAAAAACCCAACAAAAAUGAUGUCAUUAAACAUUUUAUACCUCAUCAUGCCGUUACUUGUGAAGAUGACGUUGUUGCGUGCAUAUUACUUUUAUACAAUCCGGUAACGAGAUGUCCGGUACACGUACACGGUUACCGAUGCGAUUCGAAAGAAACGGCAACGUUGCUAACGAAUCAAUUGACCACGCUCAUACUAAGACCGGACAAUCAGAAAAAAAUGAACGAAAUCGAAAGUAGGCUCAAAGCUAAAGGUUUAUUGUUACCGACCGUGCCUAGGGUCAACAUACCCAAACGACUCAACAGUUCGGGGUCCGAAGGACGAAGCACGACGACGUCACCUGCAUCCGAAUCAUCCGGCGGUUCCGGAGGUUGUCAAAACGAAAGGAUAACCAAUUUAUACGAUUCUCUUGCCGCCGAAUUGAGAGAAAAGUUAGGCAUGGGCACGGAUAGCAAAUCGAGUCACGCACCCAUACUUUUACCACCCCGGGAUUACGAUACCGUGCAUAGGCAAAAAGGAAAUUUGACCGGGAUAGAAAUGAGAAGGUGUCUAACGGAAAACGUAGUCGGUGAGUGUAUGAAAAGUAAAAAAGAAUCCGUUAAAGACGUCGAUAAGAAAAAUUUAAAAGGAGGUCCUUUGGGAAGAAUACUGGAAUCUAGCGGAGGAUCCAGCGGGAUUGGAUCCGAUCAUCCACCUAGUCCAGAUCAAAAUGGCCGAUACCUUGACAAUCAAUCAACUUCCGGUAAGUCAUAG